CAUACGCUAACUCUUCGCUUACUGUUAUUUGUUUUCCUCAUUCGCGCAAAUACUGCCAUCAAGAUGGAGCAAAAAGAAGAGCUUCGUCGAAAGGCUGAGCACACUGAACGCAUGCUCGAUCGAGCCAACAAGUUAGUGAGCGGGUUGGCUGGCGAGAAAGUGCGUUGGGAGCACACGGUCGAGGACCUUGAGAAGCAGAUUGAGCUACUGCCCGGUGACUGUCUGAUUGCCGCUGCUUCACUCUCCUACAUAGGUCCCUUCCUUAGUGAAUACCGUGAAUUGCUGGUAAAGUGGUGGGUACAAAGUAUAUGUGAAGAGUCGUUACCAAACUCAGACCCAUUCUCAUUCACGGACUUCAUGUCAAAUCCAACUCAGGUAGGCAAAUACUCUAGCAUUCUUUUUGUCAUUGGUUUGAAGCUGCACUCCAGUGCAUGA